AUGACUCGUUUCUCGGCUAAUCGCGCACAUGCAGAAGAACGCGCUGAUAAAUUCACGGUUCUAUGCCGGCUAUGCGGCGGAGCGCAUGGCAUUCGACUAUGCCCCCUUUACCGCGGCAAAGCGGUCGAAGCAAGGCUGCGUGCAGUCCUGCUGCAUAAAUAUUGCCCAAACUGCCUCUCGCCGUUCCACCGCCUCGACAUGUGCAGCAGCACGGAUCGAUGCCACCGAUGUCGCGAAAAGCAUCACACCUCGCUCCAUCUCGAUGACUGCGAAGACCAAAGGCACCCAGCGAACGCGAUCAACGACGGCGAGAGCUCGGACGGGGCACUCUCUAUCGACGUUACGGAGCAGACGAAGUCGUGGGCGCAGCAGGUCGAAGAGGAUGAGUUAGAGGGGUCAGAGAGGACAGACUCUUCCCCACAUGAGCGACAAAAGCGCAACUCUGGAACUGGCACACCGAGACCGUUAGACAAGUUACAACCACGCGCGGGCGACGCGGAAACUCGUUCUUUCCGCUCGCCAACGCGUGCACAACACAACUGGCGCGACGCGGAAACUCGUCCUUUCCGCUCGCAAAUGCGUCAGCAAUACAACCGACGCGACGCGGAAACUCGUCCUUUCCGCUCGCAAACGCGUCAACAACACAACUGGCGGCAACACGGCGGCGCGGAAACCAGUCCUUUCCGCCCGGCAUCACGAUCGCCACGCAAGCCAAAACGACACGACGGCGCGGAAACUCGUACUUUCCGCUCGUCUAAGCGAUCGUCUAGGCUACGCAAAGCAGCACCAUACCACAAAACGCGCACAAACGACAGCAACAUCAAUAGUCGUGCCUUACAACGCGCUCCACCGACCGGCUUCCGAACGGGCCGCCUAGUGCAAAGCGCCAUAUCAACGCCGAUCAUUCGUGCGCUUAUCCCCAUCGCGCCGACCGCAAUAGUGCGGAUUGAAGCAAGGGGCCGCCUUCAUUUGGUUCGCGCAAUGAUUGACCCUUGCGCACCAAACUCAUUGGUUGAUUCGGAACUGGUGAGAGAUCUCCAACUGGAACGCAACGGAUCCGGACGUCUGCAGCGUUGCACGGUCACCAUGCGAGGAAGAUACAGCAGCUCCGACCGCAUUACGACCCAAGCAGUCGUGCUGGACCACCAUAUACGUCUGAGUCCACCGUCGAACCUGGACCCUAAGGUUGCGGCCCCGUUCCAGUUCAUGCGCUUGGCGGAUCCGCAAUUCUUCCGCGCGUCACCAAUACGCCUCACACUGGGCCUCGAUCUGCAUGCGCUGAUGAUGUUAGCUUUACGCAAGUGCUUUUUCUCAUCUUACAGCGCUAAAUAUAAUGUACCAGACUUGAAAGUCAAUAAGUGGCUGACGGACAUGAGCACACCACUUUCAGAUCAACUCAAUAUGGAUUUUAGCCCAGUGGCAAGUACCAGUAGCAACACAAAUAAUAGACGCUCGAAUCGCCAGCAAAGUAGUAACUCAGGACAUCAAUCAUCUGUCUCUCAAUUGAACAAAGCUGCAGCCGGACAGUCAGCGCAGCAAUCACAUGCGCAUCAUCAACAGCAGCAACAACAGCCGGCAAUGGCUGGUCCACAGGGACUCACUGGCGAAGAGCCGGUGCCUGUGGUCAAUAAGCAAACCGGCAAACGUAUUUCUGGCAGUAAAGCCCCACAACUAAAACGUCUCAUGCAGUGGUUAACUGAAAAUCCUGCCUACGAAGUUGAUCCAAAAUGGCUGGAACAAAUCCAAAACCCAAUGUCUAUUCCCUCUCCAAAACUAAGUUCCAUGGACACUAGUAAUUAUGCAUUGUCAAGUAAAACCACGCACGGAGGACGCCCUUCAUCGACCACAAGCAGCUCGUCAUCUGGAGCCCAUACACAGCAACAACAAUCCUCAUCCGCACAAUCGUCCCCUGCCCCAUCACCCACGGUGUCUUCCAAGAAGUCUUCACGGCAAUCGGCCAUCGAUCAAGCAAACGCAGCCAUGCAGUUUGGAUCAUUGGCCGGACUUAACCCAAAUCUCUUGGCCAGUUUACCUAGUCUAGGUGCGUUUGACCCGAAAAACGCGCUUGGCGCCUUCGAUCCAAAGAAUCCGCUUCUAUCGAUGCCAUUUGCUGGAAUGCCUGGUAUGAGCAACAUACCUGGACUGAAUAAUUUGAAUAGUAUGAACCUGUUUGCUAGCUUAGCUAGUAUGGGUGGUCUCGGCAAUUUGGCCACUAUGGAUCCACAAACAUUGGCCGCAUUAAUGGCUGCUGGAUCAGCGUUGGCAGGUUUGGGUAACACGAAUCCUAGCCCAGGUAGCUCAAGUACUGGAAAAAAUUCUCAGUCCGGUGGUUCAUCGAGUAAGAAAAAUAAAAACGACGCACAACAAAAUGCUAUGAUGAAUUUGGGUGCUUUGGCAAGCAACACAGGAAGCAGUGGCAGCACUGGCAAUGGUACUGGAAAUUCAUCAAAUAAAAAUGCCAACGCUGCUGCUGCAUCGCAGUUGACAGGCUGUUUCCCAUACCUCUUCCCCAACCCAUCGUUACUUUAUCCACCAAUGGGUUUGGGAGGUUUGAAUCCAUAUUCAUUAGGCUCAGCAGGGCUUGGCUCAGCUUAUGAUCAGUUGGCGCAACAGUACAAUUUAUUGAAUGGUGGAACAGGGGUUACUUCAUCAGCAGGCAGUUCCUCCACAACACAGUCGAAGUCUCACCAGUCUCAAUCGAAAUCUAGUAAUUCGCGUGCAUCUACAUCAUCGUCACCAUCAGCUGCUUCAGUGGCAAAUCUUAUGAAUGCAAUGGCUAGCAUUGGAGCAGCUGGUCAGCCAACAACCAGUGUAAGUAGUUCACAGUCUUCGUCACGCAGUUCUGGCCGUCAGUCUGCAGCCAGUCGAGCUGCUGCACAAGUAGCUGAAAUGGCACAACUUUCAAGUCUUUUGUUACCGGGUACUGAUCCGCAUCUGCUUGAGUCCCUCAGUCGCAUGGACCUUGCACAAAGUACUCGAUUACUAAGCUCUUUAGGAAUACCACCUAUUACUGCGACAGCACCACAAUUAUCUUCUAGUGACAAACGAUCGUCCAAUAGCAAUUCAGCAGCCUCGAUUGCUGCAGCGCAAGCCGCUCAGGCGGAGAAGCAAGCCGCCAAAGAGCAGCAAAAAUGGAUGGAGAGCUUAGCGCGAAGUCAGUUACCAACAGAUUUAGCCACAUUACAGGCCUUCUCGCAAAGCAAAUUCCCGGCCUCGCUAAGUGGUGGAAGCCAAUCGACCUCAACGUCAUCGUCCGCGUCAACAUCGUCGGCUUCGACGAGCAAGAAUGCCUCGAAGGCGGCAGCUGCUGCGUUAGCUGCACAAUUGCCGCAAAUACUUGGGCUGCCAAGUGACUUUGCACCAGCGAUGAUAGCCGAUAUGGCACAAGCUUUGACCGCUCCUGGUUCGUUGGCAAGCUUGGCGGGUUUGACUAUGCCACCUACCAGCAGCGCGUCAUCUAUAGGUGGCAGCAGCUCUUCGAGUUCCUCGAAACGCCAACGUGGAGGCAGUGGCGGAGGCAAUAGUAGCAAUAUGCUUGACCCAGAUGCCUUGACCAAGGAUGCCUUUAAACAACAAAUGGAGUACUAUACAAAAACAUUAGGACUCGGAUCAGGCAUCUCUCUAAUACCCACCUCAAGUAUGAGCUCCAGCGGUGUAACUAACUCAAUUUCUAACGCCCAAAUCGAUGAGCAUCACAAAUCGAAACGAUCACGGUUGGAUUCACAUGCAGCAGCGUUAGCAAACGCUAAAGACGAAUUAUCCGCUGCCAUGCUGGCCAGCGGGUUGCCACUUAAUCUUGGCGGCGGCAUGGCCAGCAUGGAGAAGAGCUUGCGCGGCGUUAAUGUCGGCAUGGGUGGUAAUGGUGGUGCUACAAUGCCCGAAGCUGACAAAGUCACACUAACACCAUUAAACUCCGCCGGCAUUGCGGCCAACUUGCCAUCACAGACCACCAUUACCAUUGCGCCACCGAUAAGUUCCGGUGCUAGUUCCAGCAGUGAACGUUCCGAACGUAGUGAAUCCCGAAUUUCUCUGACCAUCACAAAUGCUGCUGAUGCAGCUAAAUUGCCGCCACCAUAUGAGGAAGCAGACGAAUUGAUAAUACAACCAAUAUUGAAAAAACCACAAAACAUCCCGACAUCGGCAGCACCAAGCGCGGCAUCAAGUAGCCAUGGCAGUGUAGAGGAUUUGGAAGCAGCCGUAGCGACCAAUAUGGGUGGAGGUGCUACCAGUGUCAACACAACUCCUACGCCAUCGACGUCUGCCGCGGCAGCUGCAGCAGCAGCAGUGGCCUCCGCUAAUGAGGAACAUCGACGCUCAUCCAGCCGUUUAAAACGACCACGAACGGGCGCCGACCAUUCCGGUAACGAGCAGCCACCUGAAAAACGACGUGAAUUGCGUUCAACGCGCCACACACGACAAUCGAGUGGUAGCCUCGAAACAACAUUGAAUUUGUCUACAAACAACGAGGCUGAGGAAAAAAAUGAAUGAGUGCUGCGACGUACUACGCGACUUAUGACGAGUAAAUAGAACCAAACGCGCCCGUAUCGGAAUAUGAAUAAGAACCAUGAACUUAUUGUAUGUAGAAUACAUCAAGAAUCAAAAUAAAAUUGGAAGAGGGAGAGGAGCGGGGGCAAGAGAGUUAAAUAUUUGUAUGGUUAUUGGUUGUGAAUAAGGGUACAGCAUAUAACAUACCAUGCUACUGUUCAGCGCCUCUUUGCAUACAUUUAAAAUCUGUUUAUAUAGUUGUUAAGUUGCUUCACAGAUUUUAUAAUGUAUGGGUCGCCGUUCAACAGCUGAAAACGGCAACUGCUGCUAUCGUCACUUUUUUGCUUGGCAGCCUACACACUUCCGUAUUAGACUUUGAUUUUGUCCAUGGGUGAAGCGCUUGUCAUUCAAGAUGCUGCGGCUGUGCUUACGUUUUGACAAGAUACACGCACUUGUAAUAUUUUCAGAAACUUACCCCUCUCCUUCAUUUGAUAUAUAUAUAUAGGUAUACAUAUAUAUGUAUAUAUUUUAUAAAUUUGACGGACUAAGCAGAAAGAAACCAGAAAUUCAUUUUGAAAGCGCUUAUAAUUAACAUUUAAAAGUUAUUACUAUAACAUACUAAAACAAGUAACAAAUAAAGAAAAAGAACA